AUGGCACUUACUCUGCUAUUAGGGGUUGUCGCUUUUCUUCACAGCCGCGAUGGAAAUUGCCAGCAACUUGAUAUCCCAGUCCACGCUGCCGCAGACAGCGCUGUGUAUGACCUUCCAAGGGUUGAUAACGACCUCGAAGCGACAGCUUGGGCGAUCUUCGAUGCGACCAGGACGACCCCUCACGGUAUUGAGAGUAUCAUCCGCAACACAACGACAUCUGGCACCUUCAACAUUCACGCUCAGCUAUGCCAUCCUCAUCUUGGCAGCAGCAAGGACAUCCUACAAAUCGCAACCCAUGGCGUCCAUUACGACUCUCGCUAUUGGGACUCAACGUAUCAACCGGCGAAACAUUCCUACGUCGAUGCAGCGUUGAAAGCAGGAUACUCUAUCUUCACAUACGAUCGUCUGGGAACUGGCCAAUCUGAUCACCCAGAUGCGUAUACCGUCGUACAAGCGCCGUUGGAGCUGGAGAUUCUACGACAGCUCACCCUCAUGGCCCGCAACGGCACGCUGUACAGCUUGGCAAGCAAAACACACUACAAUACUACACAGCCGAGCAAGUUUGUUCACGUGGGUCACAGCUUUGGGUCGUUCCUGACCUCUGCCUUCAUCGCCAGAUACGGCCCUUUGAGCGACGGAGCAGUCAUCACUGGAUAUAUCCUGAACGAAUACUUGGCCAGCGCUGGCUCGACUUCAUUCAGUGUGGAGUAUGCUGGCAAGACUUUCAAUCGAUCGAGUGGCUACGUGGUGAGCAAGAAGAACGGCAUCCAGAACAUCUUUUUCGGAGGUGAUCCAAAGACCGCAUUUACGCCGGAACUCCUCGAAUAUGGAAAUAAGAUCAAGCAACCUGUCCCCAUCGGCGAGUUCGCUUCCGCAUUCUCACUCAUCGGCAACCCUGGACCUUCAUUCCGAGGCCCGGUUCAGUUUCUGCUGCCCGAAUUCGACUUCUACAUUUGCAGGGGUGAUUGUAAAGGUCUCGCAGAUGUGAAGAUCUUGAAUCAGACUUACCCAAAUGCUGCUGCUAUUGAAGCUGCCAUUCAGCCGAAUUCUGGUCAUGCCUUGCCGUUGCAUAACAAUGCGACUGCCGGCUUCCUGUUGACGUUUGAUUUUCUUGCAAGGCAUGGACUCUAG